CAAUUCAACUCACCAUUUUCUACCAAACUCUUUGAAGCAUUUUCUCAAACACUUUGCAUACACAUUAUUUCAAGAAAUGGCACCGGAGCUUAUUCCAACCGCUACAAAAUCAGUUACAGGUUUCACGAAAUCCGUUACGAUACCGAAACGUGCUUACGUAACGUUUCUUGCUGGUAACGGUGAUUAUGUGAAAGGUGUAAUUGGUUUGGCGAAAGGUUUGAGGAAGGUGAAGACGGUGUAUCCGCUUGUUGUGGCGGUGCUUCCAGAUGUACCGGAGGAACACCGUGAGAUGUUGGAAUCUCAGGGAUGUAUUGUUCGUGAGAUUGAACCGGUUUACCCACCCGAAAAUCAGACUCAGUUUGCUAUGGCUUAUUACGUCAUCAAUUAUUCAAAGCUUCGUAUAUGGGAGUUCUUGGAAUAUAGCAAGAUGAUAUACUUGGACGGAGACAUUCAAGUUUAUGAUAACAUUGAUCAUCUCUUUGAUCUACCAGAUGGUUAUUUCUAUGGUGUGAUGGAUUGUUUCUGUGAAAAAACAUGGAGUCACACACCACAGUACAAAAUUGGGUAUUGUCAACAGUGUCCACAGAAAGUACAAUGGCCAAAACAAAUGGGUCAACCCCCUUCACUUUAUUUCAAUGCUGGCAUGUUCUUGUUUGAGCCUAGCAUAGAAACUUACCACGAUCUUUUGAAUACACUUCAAGUCACUCCUCCAACACCAUUUGCAGAACAAGAUUUCUUAAACAUGUAUUUCAAAGAUAUUUAUAAGCCAAUUCCUUUGGUUUAUAAUCUUGUUCUUGCUAUGUUGUGGCGUCACCCUGAGAAUGUCGAUAUUCAUAAUGUCAAGGUUGUUCACUAUUGUGCAGCGGGAUCAAAGCCUUGGAGGUAUACAGGGAAGGAAGAUAAUAUGCAGAGGGAGGAUAUAAAAAUGUUGGUAAAGAAAUGGUGGGAUGUUUACAACGAUUCUUCACUUGACUACAAUAAGAAUUUGAGUGGAAAUAGUGAAGCACACACGAAUGGUGUUGAAAAUGAGCCAUUCGUACAAGCGUUAUCAGAGGUUGGUCGUGUUCAAUAUGUCACAGCACCUUCAGCAGCUUAAACUGAGCUGUUUUUUUAGGUGGAUAUUCGUGUGAUGAAAGUAAAAAAUAAACAAUAAAGGAAAAGCUAUGAAAAAAAUUGGGGAAAAAUGUUAGGAAUAAUGAUGAGUAGGUGCAACCGUGCAAGAGAUUUCUGUCAAAAGAAGGAAGGAAUCUAUUUUUUGAAGGCAGAUAGAAGAUAGCUCAUAGCUCUCCAACAUUUGUGUUUUUAUUUUUCUUUUUCAAUUUGGGAAUUUUGACCUUUGGUUUUGUUUAUAUAGGUUUGGAUCUGGUUUGUAUUUCAAGUAUAUAUGAUGUUGUAUUUUAUUGUCCACUUUUAGUUUUGUUAUUUUUCUUUUAAUUUUUCUGGUUUGUAUUUCAAGUAUAUAUGAUGUUGUAUUUUAUUGUCCUCUAGGCUAUGUUUGGAUUGAUGGUACAUAAGUUUUGUUAUUUUUCUUUUAAUUUCUGUUGUUUUUUUUUCUGUAAUAUGUAUAUAUGAUGGUGAAAGGCAAAUGUUAAUGAAUGCAAUUUUAUGGUGUAAAGGGUUUCAUGUCCUUUUCCUGUGAAAUUGUGUGUUGUUUUCUA